AUGGCAGCAUCAAAUUUGACGCCAGGACAACAUAUCAUGUUUUCCUACGGUUGGGAUAUUCAACAGGAUGUUCUCGAGAUUUAUCAUCGUCUUCAAGGACAUAAUAUUCCGGUUUGGAUGGAUAUACAAGGUGGUAUGAAAGAUUAUCUGUCGGUCAGCAUGUCUGAAGCCAUCGAAAAUUCUGCUGCUAAAUGCUGUUUUAUUACAUCGAAAUAUCAAAGUUCGCCAUAUUGUAAAAAAGAAUUACUCUAUGCUCAAGAUUGUCAAAAGCAGUUAAUCCCAUGUUUCAUGGAUGCAGAUCCUACAUGGAAACCAACCGAAUGGCUCGGCUAUGCCAUAAUUGACAUUUUGUAUAUUGAUUUUCGAGAUCUACUAACGAAUAAAACGCCGGAAAAUUUCGCAGCAAAAUGUGAACUGUUAACCAACCGCAUCAAAAGAACCGUCAAUCCAAGUGCAUUAGGUGCAGUCAAACAUCCACCACUGUCGUUACCAGAAACGCAACCAUCACCAUUCAAAGAACAAAAUCCUGAAGGAUUUCAAAUGUCUUCAACGUCAACUUCUUCGUCAUCAAUUCCCUCACCGAGAUAUUCCCCAGUGCCGCAUACAUUAUGCAAUGAAAAUGAUACAAUACCAACUAAUGACAGCGAAGAAAAUGUUAGCUCUUCUUUCGAUAGAUAUUUUCCACAUCCUUCGCAUUUUUCGUAA